AUGCUGUUGGAGAGCGCCCGUCGCCUCUGUCAUGCAAUCUGGCUCGUCGAGAGCAUGUCUCACUAUCAUUUCGGAACUCCGUCGACACUGCUGCUGGACUUUGCUAAUAUUGCAUUGCCCUGCACAGAAGACGUUUGGGAGGCCGAGAUGGACCAGAUACGGGCCCCCAUCAAGCAGCCCACUUUGGAAAAGGUAUUAAGAGUUCUGUAUGUGGAGAAGCGACUCCUUCAUGGCAUAGGAGAUUUUGCCCAAGUCCUGACAAUCCACGGCCUAUAUUGUCAAACAUGGGACGUUUUCAGGUCUUUCAACAAGCCUCUACUUCGCUGGACACCCUCGGCACAAAUAGGAAAUGCCGAAUCACGUGAGCUCACCGGCCCGUCCUGGCUACCUCAAAUACCUCUCUACAACCAGUGGAGAAAUGCGGCAUGUGAUUGCUUGGAUGUACUGCACUGGAUUGCAAAUAGCGAAAUCGCAAAGAGAGGAACCGAAAACUCGACAGUAUUGCACCUGCACUUUGCUCGACUUGUCCUGCUUACGCCAUAUCAGACAAUACGCGAGAUGGCCGAGUUGCUGGUGUCGGAGAAUGUUCGGCACGGCAGCGCUGCAGAGAGGUUUAGGGAGCAAUGUCAGGAGGUACAGAAAUGGAUCACGGAUGACCAGUACAAAGCACGCCUUGCGCUGGUCCACUGUGGCGUCUUCUUCUGGCACAUCCGACGCUAUUCCAUGGACGCCUUCUUCGAACCAGGAAAGGUGUUCCUGGCGACCUUGGUGGUUUGGGCCUACGGCAGCUUCUGCCCGCCACAGCAGCUGAGCACUUCAUCGCGGGAAUCCAUGAACACCAGCUCGCGCGAUGAGGGAGAAUGGUCAUCCGAUCUCGAGGACAUAUCCUCCAUCCGUCUAGACCGACCUACGGAUGAUGAACUGGUCCAGAUAUUCAUCAAGCGUGGGAGGUCCAUGAAUGCGACUAUCAUGGGCGUUGGCAAUAUCACCGCCCCUAAUGGCCCGCUGCGGAUGCUGCGUGAGGGGUGCAAGCUGCUCAACACUUUGAAUAAAUGGCCUAUUCGAUCCCGAUAUCUACACAUUCUUACGCAGCUCAUCACUGUCUGUGGACAAGACAACCACUGGCGUCAGAUGGGUUCGAAUGCAAGGCAGACACAUGGGUCGGCAUCGCCUUGAUGAUUCAACGACCUUCUAUUUCGCCACACGUCCCAAAUACAGCUCUCCAAUCCGCACCAUUUUCAUUGUAUAAUUUCCAUCAAUUGCCUCAAAUGAGCACUAGAUGUAUAUUGUAUCAAAUUACUUAUGUACCAUAUCCUAAUGCAGCAUCUUAAAUAAAAUAGAGCCACAGCUUAUUUACACU